AUGGAUAAUAAGGGUUGGUUUAUUGACUCUCACAACGGAAACAUUAAGGACGAAUAUCACUUUAUUGAAAAGAUUGCGAGCGGUGGAUUCGGAAUAGUUUAUCUUGCAGAGUAGAGGAAAACAGGUGAUAAAUAUGCGAUUAAAGCUAUAUAAAAGAAAAAAGUUAAAGAUUAUAUGACAUUUUAGAAUGAAAUCAAACUUCUAAGAAUACUGCCUGAGAACUUCAUGCUUAAGAAUAAAAAUGAUGUAACAUGCAUGAAACUAAUUGAUUUUGGUAAGAUUUAUCAGGGAUUUAUCUUUUAUAACAGGUCUUUCAAAAGAUUAUUCAGGGUAGCCAGUUAUGUGCACUCCAAGUGGAUCUCACCUGAAGUUUUCAACUAAAAGUACACAUCCAAGAUUGACCUUUGGUCAAUGGGAGUUGUGUUGUAUAUUUUACUCUCAGGAAAGGUACCAUUCCCAGGUCGUGAUGAGAGAGAGAUCAUUACAAAUGUUAUAAAAGGUCAAUUUCACUUUGAACAUGAUGCUUUUAAAAAUGUUUCUGAGGACUGUAAAGACCUUAUCAGAAAUCUUCUUAACAAAGAUGUCAAUUAAAGAUACUCUGCUUAAUAAGCAUAGUAGCAUAGGUGGAUUUUGAAGCAUGCAGGUGGUGAGCAAGCACCCUCCGCUGCUCAACCAGACUUUGUUUAUGAAAACAUGAAAGAAACAAUUAGUAGUUUAUUUAUUAUAACUUUAUUUUUAGGUGGCGUAAAAAGUAGGAAAGCAUGUAUAAUUGAGUUAGCAUCGAGAGUUCCAGAGGAAUCUUUUGAAGAUCUGAAAGCAGCAUUUAGAAUGAAUGACGAUAAUGGAUCAGGAAAACUGAAUCAUGAUGAUUUCACAAGAUGCCUUAAGAUUGCCAACAUGAAAAUUAACGAAAGAGAACUAGAAAUCUUGAUAAAUGAAUUAGAUUAGAAAUAAGAAGGAGUGAUUGACUAUGAGGAAUUCUCAAACAGUUGUUUUUCAAGUUACCUCUUUAGCAAAGAAAAUAUUCUAAGACUGCUAUUUGAGCAUAUUGAUUAACAGAAGACAGGUAUUAUCACCCUGCUUUAGUUGAGGUAGGUUAUUGAAAGUGAUCACAUAAAGCUGUCAUCUGAUUAGCUAGAUAGAAUAUUCAAGAAGGAGUUGAAGUUUGAUUUGUCAAAUAUCGAUGAAAGCGAUGUCAUCAACUAUAACUUAUUCAUUCAAUGCUUAAGAAGAGAAUAUAACUUAGAUUGA